AUGGUGAAUGUUGGAGGUCGAAGUAAAGGCUGCAAGACCUGCAGGAAACGGAGAGUGAAAUGCGACGAAAGAAAGCCAACAUGUGACCGGUGUCACAGAGCGGGUAAAGAGUGCGGAGGCUAUAUACGAUACAUCGAGUUUCGUGAUGAAACCGCUCGAGUUGCUAGGAAGCAAGCGCUAGCGCAGAACGCGACCGGCCAAGUUUCCAGUCCGGUAUCGACCGCCAGUCAUUCGCGCUCGGACGAAUCGGUCAUAGAGCUCCCAUUCACCCCUCUGCUUAUGAAUCCAGUGUGGGAUGAGGACAGUCUAUUUACGACUUAUCUCAUUGAUAGAAUCUUUACCUGGCAUGAUGAUCCAAAUUCGCCACAUUCAGCGGGCUGGAUUGCGACGCUUCUGCGCCCGAGAGAAGAUGAGGCCGCGUUAUCAAGUACUUCGAUCCGUGCGCUAGCUACUUCUUAUUUUGCCAAGAUGCAUGGCCAUGUGAGUCUUCUGCAGAGCGGGGCGCGGCAGUAUUCAAAUGCGCUAGGAGCGUUGCAGAAACGGCUUAAUGAUUCAAACCUUGCAUUGGAGGACGAUGUGCUUCUCGCCAUUAUCUGCAUGUCGAUUUAUGAGCUGGUCACUGUCGCCGAUCCAUCUGCUUGGGUCAAUCAUUGCAAAGGACUAGCUCAGCUAACUGCUAUACGAGGGCCAUAUCGUCACCAGGCAGGGGUUGGACAUGCACUUCUUCCUACAUUGAGAUCAACUAUUUCCAUUGCACACAUUGUUGACCGGAAACGCUGCUUUCUAGAAGACCCCGAGUGGAAAACAAUUCCUUGGGAUCUAAAGGGCUUAGAUUCUAAGAUCGCGAUAGAAAGGCUACAUGACUGCCUGGUCAAUGUCCCAGGUAUCGUUGAAGACAUGGAACGUCUUCUAGCUUGGGGUUCAGAUAGACCAGGACGGGACGAAUUCAAAGAGAAGCACUGCCAACAGGCAUUCGCGACACUCGAAGGUCUCUACUCGUGGCGCUGGGACUGGCAACGGGAAUUCCCCAAUGCUACAUCGCUAGUUCGACCCAUUAAUAUCGAGUCUGAGGACUUUUAUCUCCUACCGCCGAGCCCCUUUGAAACUGUCAUCUGGUUCGAUGAACAUUACCGUGCUACAGAGCUGAUUGUCUAUAAUGCCAUCCGGUUACUCCUAACAAUGACCCUUGAAAAGGCAGGUAUUGACAUGGAGAUAUAUCAUUCUUUGGAUGGGGUCAAUGAUCCUCUGCUUCCUAUGCAGGGCAGUCGGCAUGAAGUCGCCGUUGAGAUCUGCCGGAUGUCGAGCUUUCAUCUACAAAGUUUUCACCAAAGUUCAGGGGCCUUUAUGCUUCUUUUCCCUCUGAAUGUGGCCCUCCAUCAUCUAGAUGGUGAUAAAGAUGGAGUUAGACCGUGGCUUCAGAAGGUCCUAGCGAUAAUUGCCGACAUGCAUGGAUUUGAAGUUGGACGCCGGGAUUUCAAAUCAUUAAUAAUGAGGCGGAGACAAGCUCGGAGUAAAUAA